GUUCCGAAUUUUCUGCUCGCUUCUCGCUUCCAUUUCGCCAUGGCCUGGAGUGGCGCAGCGCUCUCCGAGCUGAAAGUUGCGCUGGAGGAUGCCACAGUGCUGGUGCUGCUGCUGGAGGUCUUGGCGGUCAUUGCAUGGUUCAGAGCGAUCAGAGGCUCCAAGUCGAUGAGACAGGCCGUGCGCGAAGCGCCCACAGCCACGCUCGUGGCCCUGCCCGAGACCGACGAGGCGCCCGUUUGCCGUAGCCUUUCGGAACCCACUGCUGCGGAGCAGGCGCCGGGGCCCAUGUGCCGCAGCGUGUCUGACUCCUUGGCAACCUCUGCACAGGCGGUAUCCGGCGAGCUCGAUACGCUCCUGGAGCACCUGGAGAGGUGCCUCAUGAAGGUGCAGCUGGCGCAGGGUCGUGCCGCGCGCCCGCGCGCGGAGCUUGAGCUUCUAACUCUGCUCGGCGCGGCCAGGGAUCUCCUCGAGAGGUCCUUGCGUGAGCCCCGCAGCUUGCUGGCGCAGGUCUUUGGGACGCGUGACCGCGUAGCGCGGCUGCGGGCGGUCCUAGACGCGCUCCGCCUGUCCAAAGGAGAAGUUGUGGCGAGCGAUGUGAUCGGCCAAAGGUGCCGAGCGGAAAUUGGCCGCCAAGCGGCCGUGCCGCGCGAGCGGCGCAACAUCCAGUUGGGGUUCGUCGUGGUUGGGCUCCCGUGGUGUCCAAUGAGGAUAGGGAGGAAGUAAUUUGAA